GGCACGGAGGCCGGCCGACGGAGAGCGAGGGCGAGCGGACAUCGGCUGUGCACGCGGCCGUGACUGCCUGUCGAGGCGGCGCCGAGCGAGCGGAGCGCGCGCGCAGCGAGUGACCGGCGCCAGCCGACCGAGCAGCCCGCCGACUGGGUGUCCGACGGCACAGCGCGUGAGUGCGGUGGUCGCGAUGGCUCGCUCCCUGGCUCUGGGACUCGCCUGCUGCUGGCUGCUGGGCGUCGGCAGCGGCAUGCCGUUCCUGCCCGAGUGGGUCACAGAACUGGCCGAACUCAACAGCUUCGAGCUGUCAUUCACGCCGGCUAAGGAAGAGGACGCGUCCCGGAUACGGCGCGAGGCGGAGGCCACGCUGGAGGACACAAUCCGCGAGGUGAUCCUCCACUUCAAGCAGGACGACGCCAGAGGCCUGCCCGGAUCGCUGGUGCCGGACCCUAUGCCGGUGCCGGCCAAGAUCGACCAGGAGGUGGCCGGAGCCGAUGUCAAGCUGGAGGACAUGAUCCUCACCGGGCUGAAAAACUUCGAGCUGCGAGACGUCAAGGUCGACCUCUCGGCUCAGGAGUUCCGGUACGAGAUCUAUUUCAAAUCGCUGACGGCGCUGGGCAAGUACCAGCUCUACUACUUCUGGAGCAACUAUGCGGGCGACUUCAACAUCACGCUGGAGGACGUGCGAGCCGAGGGCAAGGGUAUCCUGGAAGUCGGCGCCAACGGCACCGUCCAGCUCAACGAUGUGCAGACCGACGUGGGCUUCGGCGAUAUCGGCGUGGUCUUCCACAACCUGGGCGGCCUCGGCUGGAUCAUCCAGGGCGCCGUCAACCUCAUGGGCUCCUUCCUGUUCGACGCCGUCAAGCCGUUGACGCUGGACCGGGCGAACCAGAAGCUGGCCCUCACCGUGAACGAGAGGCUCAGGGAGCUGAACGAGAAGGUGCUCUUCUCCGACUCGAUCCCGGUGCUGGACGUGGCCGUGCUGGAGGUGCGCAAGAUGGUGCGCGACGGCGGCUACGACCCGCUCGUGCUGCCCACCGUGGAGCGCACCAACGCCAUGGGCGUCCAGAUCACACUGUCCGAGGGCAUGCUGACCGGACUGGGCACGGUACACCGCACCGGAGAGAUCUCGGUCGGCAUGCAGGACUACACCGCGCGGGUCACGGUGGCGCUGGGCACGCAGCGCAUCACCGGCAGGUACCACUGGAAGGUGAGCGCGUUCGGCUUCCUCGAACGCAACGGCUUUAUCCGGUUCAGCGUGGACAGCCUGAAGCUGCGCGCCCGGCUGGCGCAGCCGCUCAACCUGUCGCAGAAGCCGCGCAUCGAGGACCUGGACAUCCACCUGGGCACGCUGACACUGCGCUCCGAGGGCGCCGGCAGCCUCGACUACGCCUUCGAGCUGGGCGUCAACGGCUUCCCCAACCUCUUCAAGAACAUCGUCAUGGACGCCAUCGAGCGACCGCUCAUGUGGGCCAUCGGCAGUCAGCUGCAGGAGCUCGACAUGGAGCAGAUCGUGCUGGACAACAUCCCCGGUGGCAGUGUUGUCCGGGCCGCCCGCUAGGUGGCAGUGUUGUCAGGGCCGUCCGUCAGGCGGCGGCCGAGCUGGCGCUGGCGGCGCCGCUGGACCAGGGAAGCGGCACGCCAAGCGCCGCGCUCGGAGGCACGCCGUUCGGCGCGUGGUGGCUGUCGCGUAAGACGUCUGGGUGUAGCUGUCCGCGAGCCUCGAACUGACAGGACGUGAGAGACUGGCAGCUGGUCUGCCGUUCUUCAUGACUCCGCUCGUAAUGAGAUGCGUUGUACCAUGGUAGGCCCGAGACACGUCACGUCGACCACGCGUUUACAUGUUGUGGAGACAUCAGGAGCAAUCGUUCCACCGGUGAAUGCCUUCUAGGUUUUCAUGCACCCUUUCUCCAGCGCUGAAUCCAGUGAAUGUCAACAAAGUACAUGCCAUAGCGUUCGUAGCCAAACCAGCUCCAAACUGGAUGUGUUUGUUUAUUACGAUAAGGGAGGAUCAGUCGCGUUCUGCUUAUUCAGGGCCUUGUUAAGAAUAGGAAGAGCGUAGUGUGAAAAGCGCCUGUCCUUGACUCAUGAGUCACAGCUGGCUCUGGGACCAGCACUUUUCUGCUGUACAUCCAGAGUCUCCCAUGACCAGAAUGCCGAAGUGCCGACCAUGAAUCAUUCACACAGGUCACAUAUGAAUAUAGCGCAUUCAUCACA